CCUGUCGUAUCAUGUUUUGUGCUCUCUGGUCGUCGGAAGGUUUUUCGUGGUUUCGGACGUGCUUGGAUUGCUUCCAGAAUUGCUUCGGACUUCGACCUACUGUUCGAGUUUGAUGUUUUAUGUUUUAUUUGUAUACAAUUUAUUUUUAAAGUGAGCAUGAGCCUGGAAAUGCUAUGAGUCAUAUUUUUGAAAUGCCAUUCAAGUGAUACAAAAAUCCUGGUUAUUCUGACUGAUUAAUAAUUGCUUCCACUUAUACUCAUAGGUAUUUUUUCAUAACUAUCGCACACUGGCAAUCGUGAAUUACCUAUAAUAUAAGAAAUAUGAUGAAGGAUUAGGUGCUAGCGACUAUCUAUUUACGGUUUCAAGUCAAGUGUCUUCACAACCUUGACACACAAAUAAACCCACAUCACGUAUCUUAUCUUCAUAUAAAAAAUAGGUGAGGAGUGUAUUAAUCACGCCCAAGGGAAUAUAAUGUACAAAAACUAAUCAGCUAAUUGCCUUUAGGCAUUAGGUAUGUCGUAUCCACCCCCAAAUCAAGGGCAGGGUCCUCAGAUGCAAGGCGGCAUGUAUCCUACACCUUACAACACGCCCUACCCUCCACCACCCCCCGCCGGCUAUGCAACACCGAAUGCUCCAGGGUAUGCCCCACAAGGAUAUGGUCCUUCUGGACCAGGCUAUGGUCCACCUGGACAAUACCCGCCACCAGGACCAUAUGGAGGAGGUCCCAUCACCAAUCAGCCUAUGCCUGCCCCUGGUGGUUGGAUGAAUAUGCCGCAAGGCAUUCCCAAUUGCCCUCCAGGAUUGGAAUACCUUACUAUGAUUGACCAGCUUUUGGUACAUCAAAAAGUGGAAAUGCUAGAGGCAUUGACAGGCUUCGAAACCAAGAACAAAUUUACAGUAAAAAAUAACCUAGGUCAAAAAGUGUACUAUGCAGCAGAAUCAAAUGACUGGUUGACACGGAAUUGUUGCGGACACUUGAGGCCAUUUGACAUGAAAAUCUAUGACAAUUAUAAGAACGAAGUGAUACACUUGCACAGACCUCUUGCUUGUGACUCAUGCUGUUUUCCGUGCUGUUUACAGAGUAUGGAGGUAUCUGCACCCCCAGGCACAAUAAUUGGCACUGUAGAGCAAGAGUGGAGUCUCCUCUGCCCUUCGUACGCGAUUAAAAACGCUAGCGGCGAAACAGUUCUGAGGAUCGAAGGCCCCUUCUGUACUUUCAGCAUUUGUGGUGAUGUUGAGUUCAAAAUAAUGUCCAGCGAUGGGCAGGUACAAGUUGGGAAGAUAUCGAAACAAUGGUCAGGCAUGAUACGUGAAUAUUUUACGGAUACAGAUUACUUUGGGAUAUCUUUCCCCAUGGAUCUGGACGUGCGAAUGAAGGCUGUCAUGCUAGGAGCAUGUUUUCUUAUUGACGCCAUGUUCUUCGAAAAAACCGAGAUCGAGAGUUAAUGGUAGACAAUAUACCAUUUAUAUUUCUUGUUAUCUUCCAAAUUAGCACAGCUUUAUAUAAACGAAUAUUAUGAAGUUACUGACUCAAAUAUUACAAAUACUACCCAUGUGCCAGCUAUUUGCACAAAUUUAUUUUUUAUAUUAUGCAUUAGAACUACGAGCAGUUACAUUUUAGACUGUUUUAUGAAAUAUAUGUGAUAUUCUCUAGCUACUGUUACGUUCGUUACUCAAAUUAUGAAGUCAAUGUAUUUAUAUUAGAUCGUAGGAUUUUUUGAUUUGUUUCCGUUUUGCGUAAGCAACAAAUAUGAAAUAUCGGUUUUUUUUAACCAAAGGCAGACC